AUGGAAGAAACAAAAGCUGCUGUGACGACAAGUAACAAGGUUAGAAAUUAUCUACAUCCAGAUAUCAUACUUUUUAUUCUCUCAAAAUUGCCUCUAAAAUCAUUGAAAAGAUUUGAAUGUGUAUGCAAAUCAUGGGCGACUCUAUUUCAAAACUCUUAUUUCAUGACCAUAUACCGCAAAAAAUUCAUAUCUAAUAGUAACCAUUAUGAUGAUACAUAUCUCGUCCUACAAAAUGGUGAGAGACAAGGAGAUUAUUAUUACGGCGAAUACCGUUAUGAGUUUUAUUUGGUCCCUGGCCAGAGGUUUGAAGAUAGGAUCAAAGUAGAUUGGCCACCUCCAUUUCAAAAGGAUGAUUGUGAUAUUUAUAUUAUGGGCAUUGUUAGUAUUAAUGGCAUUCUUUGUCUCAAUCAAGGAUUCGGAAGACGACUUGUACUUUGGAACCCAACUACUCUUGAAUUCAGCGUCAUUCCUCGCAGCCCUUUUGUAUAUGUACCACCCCAUGGACACCCUUAUUAUGAACUUCAUGGAUUUGGUUAUGAUCAUAUAACAAAUGACUAUAAAGUUAUUCGAUUUAUAGAUUCAAAUAUCAUAGUUGAAGAUUAUGAAGAGAUUGUAGAUGAAGGUAGAUCACCAUAUGAAACAUUCUGGGAGAUAUAA